UUUGCCAUGUUAUGCUUGUGCGGAUUUCUAGUUAUGACUGCUGAAUUGCAACAUGUGGAAGAAUCCCUCCUCGGCCUUCAACGUGUGGAGGGGUUCGAUUGCUUGUCAUUAUGCAGGCUGCCCCUCGCUAAUGUGGGAGGUAUACUGUGGUACGGGCUGACCCCUCAUUUCAUUGGAAGUGCCCGUAUCCGCACAUGUAGAAGUGACGGGACGCAGCAAAGAGAAGAGUUUUUACUUUACUUUAAUAUGGCUGCCUCACAAAAAGCUGAAACGGCCAUGUCAGCAUGCUUUUUUGUCAGAACUGUGUGAGUAAGUAAAGCUUUCGUUUGAGUGUAGGUAU